GUGCAAGAAGGCCACGGAGCUGCAUAGUAGCCCUCUUUUCCAAGCGCCAUCGGUCGAGCCCCCUCGCCUAGACCACUCCCACGCUCCUCUGCCGCGCCAACCAUGGCUGUCGCGCAACCUGAAGUCAAGCUUUUCGGGCGCUGGUCGUUCGACGACAUCGAGAUUAACGAUAUCUCUCUGGCGGAUUACAUUGCCGUGUCGGUGGACAAGCAUGCCACCUUCGUGCCCCACACCGCCGGGCGGUACUCCGUGAAGCGUUUCAGGAAGGCGCAAUGCCCCAUCGUUGAGAGGUUGACGAACUCCCUGAUGAUGCACGGGCGCAACAACGGGAAGAAGUUGAUGGCGGUGCGCAUCGUGAAGCACGCGAUGGAGAUCAUCCACCUGCUGACGGACCAGAACCCCAUCCAGGUCAUCGUGGAUGCCAUCAUCAACAGUGGUCCUCGUGAAGACGCAACGCGUAUCGGAUCCGCUGGAGUGAUCAGGAGGCAGGCCGUGGAUAUUUCUCCAUUGAGGAGGGUGAACCAGGCGAUCUACUUGCUGACGACGGGUGCGCGAGAGUCGGCGUUCAGGAACAUCAAGACGAUCGCGGAGUGCUUGGCGGACGAGUUGAUAAACGCGGCCAAGGGUUCGUCGAACAGCUACGCCAUCAAGAAGAAGGACGAGAUCGAGCGUGUGGCCAAAGCCAAUCGUUAAGCUAGUAUCAGGAUGGUGGUUGCUUCGAUAAAUUCUCUCCGAAUUACCUCAAGGGGUGUUACUUUAUUUGGAGCCUCUGAGUGACAGAUGUUCUGGUAUGAAGACGUUUUACUAGCAUGUGGUGGUGUAAGUUGAUGUUAUUUUGAUGUCCUUCUUCGUGAGAGUGUAUGGGUUGGCAAGAGUGUCGUUUGUAUCCAUCAUGUGACGGUGUUGACUCGCAAUCCGGAGGAUACGUUUUUUUGUGUUACA